UGAUAUUUUAAUAGCAAUUUGUUUUUGCUUCGACGUGUGAUAGAAAUACAAGUGACAGGAGUGGGAACAGGAGAGUUGCUGAAUUCUGCUGGAAUUUUUCCUGUGGGAAUCUGUUAAUGUUUUUAAUUCUCUGAGAGAUUUUUCUAAGGUAAUCCUUUUGACAUUUACAUAUUUUAAAUGACUCUCAUUAAAUAAAAGCUUAACUUUUUUAUAUCAAAUGCUGAAGUGAUGAUACUGAAAUACCACUGUAUAGACAUUCAAAUGGUUUGAAGAUUAUUCUAAUUGCAUCCUAAACAAAGUAAGUUUUGUGAGGGAUAUUAAUAGUGAAUUGUUCUUCAAAAUAAUUUAAUUUUGAAGGUAAUUCAGUUGUUCUGGCAUCUAGUAGAAGCACUUUUUUUAGACAAAACCCUUUUCAGUACCUAACGUGUGGUGCACAUAGCUGUUUGCUAAUUGAAACACUAAUUUGAACAGCUGGGUUUUCCACUCCUUGCUCAUGUGGCAAAUAUAAUCUGUGCAGGAGCCCAAGGGUUUGCAGUGCACCUUGUGAAAAAUACUUUUAGUUGUCUGUAUGGUAUCGGAGUGUAGCUCAGCCCCUGAAGGAGGAUGCUGUUACCAGCACAGGGAAGGCUGGACGAAAUAGAAAGUGGAACAUCUUUUAAAAAACAAGAGCACGAUGAGCAGGUUGCAUCCCUUACUGCGGAUACCCUCUCGCAAACAAAUAAUGCCAUAAGCAAAACGAUUCAUAUCUUGUAACAUCCUUUUAUAGGAGUCAAAGCAUGAGGAUAUCUCAGCGACAAACAGUCUAGCCCUAAGAUGCUUUGAAAUGAACUUGCUUCUGUAGGUUGCACUUUGCUCGUUCAAGCCCUUCAGCCACGUUUUGCUCUCAGACCAGCCUAAAUACUAAGCAAAUUCAUUUAAUUAAAUUUGCUGCAGAUAUCCCCAGUUAACAAGAACAGAUUGGUUUCCCCGAGGCUAGAUGGAGUUAACAGGAAAAUAAAUGUUGUGCUAAUUAGAGAACUCAUUUUCAGACACCUGGGGUGAAACUUGAAAAAGUCCUAGAGAUUUAGGAUUGAAAAUUCAUUUGAAAAUGAGUCUUAGGCUUCUAAAUCACUUAGGCACUUCUGAAAAAUUUACCCAGGGGCUUUAACUAUCGCGCAGUCAUCAUAUUUAGCACGUUUGUAGCUGUCUGCUUAGCAAAGCGUGGUAUAACCAUUAUCUGCAAGUAUCAGUGUACCACAAUGUACCUCAUUAUUCUUGUAAGCCAAGUAGAGAUAGAUGCUUUCUUGGAGUUUUUAAGGCACUGGUACACCAGUUUUCCAUCUAUUUGCAACCUCAUGGGACUUCCUGUUGAUUUAGGUACCUAAGAACUUUUAAUUAAAUCUUGGUCUUAAGUGACUUGUCCAAGCUCACGGAUGAAGACAGCACGGAAGCAAUUUUGUAGUUCAGCACUUGCUGGAAGGAGAAUGUCACACUGCCAUUCAUCUGCUGAGUCAUGAUGGGAAGUAAUAAGGAAUCAUCUCAUAAGCCAAAUAAAAGAUGGCAUAGGUUCAAUAUGAAGCCAAAUUCUCAGAUUCACAUAUCUGAUUAGCAAAAAAGCAAGCAAAGAACCAGGCUCCAAGGAGCAAAAAGUCACUUCAAGUCACUUACAGCUUGAAAGUAUGUUUUCAGUUGUUGUGGGUUUUUUCCUGUAGCCAGUCUGAGGAUUUUUCUGAAAUAUUGUCCUUGUAAAGACAUGCAUCAGUAGCGUCUGUUUCAUGCCAGGUAAAACCCUUCCCACAGCCACGCACACACUUGCUGUCUGUCAGCAAAAACUUCUGUGUCAGUAAUUACAAAAAUGCUAUUAAAAACCUGCCUUGUAAUGCCAGAUAGCCUCUGGGUGGAUUCACUUCUGUUUUGUCUUCCUUGAUCGGUGCAGUAACCCAGGAUGGUUCCGCCGUGAAGAGGGACCCUGCUUCCCUCACAAGCCACGAGUUUAUUUGCAUGGUUCUACAAAGUGUCGUUUUGAGGGCAACCUCAUACAGCUGUAGUGUCCCAAAGAGGUGGCCUUUGGUGACAAAACCCUUAGUCUAACAGGUUUAUAGCAGGUGAAGCAUGUUACAGACGGGCAUCUGGGAGCUGGAUCUCACCAUGGGGGCGAACCUGUACAUCGUGUAAUCAUCUGAAAAUUUACUCCAGCCUGUCAUGAGCCUAGAUCAUCAGACAACAUCAUAAAACAGAUGAGUCAGGGCGCUAAAACAUGGAGGUUAUCCACUGAGCUCAUUAUUUUCAUACCUAAUUACACAGUGCUAUUGAGGGAGAACUGCACAUUAUGCUGUAGAAUUCUGUUUUGUCACUAGUCCUAAAAGAUAAUUGUGUUUAAUUAGGACCUAUAGAUACCCUGGUGAUUGCUGAUCUAUAAACACUCAAGGCAGACCUGCAAAUGAGGUGCGAUAGCAAGUGCAUCCAUUAAACACAAUUCAAAAGCUGAUACGGAGGUGAGAUGACAAUUAAAAGUUGAGCUGUUUUAAUUUACCAUGUAACGUGUGGCUCUAGCACUGUCUGAUUCUCUGCGAUUCCUCUGCUGUGAACCAGCAGGCAGAAAAACACCCACUGAUCUUCCCUUUCUCAAUUGAGAAAACUUUGUUUAAUCUGGUGUAAUAUAUACAUGAAUGGGAAAGAGUGAUGAGAGCUGACAUCUGUGGUGGCAAAAGCUGUCCUUUCCUGUAUGAGGCCAGGUCUGAAAGGAAGAAGCAGAAGUAUAAGCAUGGCUAGAAGUAUCACAGAUAAAGCAGUAAAAACUUCUCAUGGUGAAAAUAUUUCUUGUAAUGCAUGUUAUAAUGCAUUUUCCAGUGAACUGCAAAUUGUACUUUCAAAGAAGCUGCUGGUUACCUUGCCCCAGCACAGGUCUGAGGGUCAUUUGCAGCAAGUCAGAACACAGAGAAGUCGUCCUUGUCCUUCUUUGGUGCCUGUGCACAACUGCCCGCAAAGGUGUUUCUGUGGGCGGCAAUACCUGGCGAAGGUGCCGGAUCGGUGACAGCGCGGCUGGUCAGGUCACACAGACUGUCCCUGGGAGUUCAUAACAAGUGCUCCCUCCCUCCCUGUCCCGUGUUGGACAGGGCAACGUGCUCCCCCACAUGCUCGUCCUGGUCUUCCCCGACUUGGACCACAUUUGAACCAGUGACAUAAAGCUGAAAUCUGUCUUGGGGAAUACAAACCCCUUGGAAUAAAAUGUUUAACACAGUAGUCACUAAGUGAGUGUCAAACACUGCAUUGCUUUUUUCAAGUAACCAUGCUUGGAACCAAAAAGUCAAGCACUUGGGAGUAAUGGGAUUCUUCUGUAAAAAUGAUGAUAACUCUAAUCUCAUCUGAAAUUCUUUUCAGUUGGUAUGUUCACUGCAGUGCUUUUCUGUAAAUGCUUGUGAGUGGAAAGCACAGAAAUAGUAUUUUUAUGGGGAGGAAGGGGAAAGACUUGCCAAGGGUCUAAGUGGAAUGAUAAAUUGCUUGCCCACUGAAAUGAUGGGUAUCCAGUUUCUUGCAUUUUGCAGCUCUUCCUUUUUGCAGUGGGGAGAACAGCUGAGCAAUUCUGUAUUUACAAGCGUGCAAGAGGUGUGUGCCCGUGGCCAGCUCAGCACUUGCCUUGCUUAAGAAGGAACGCAGCAAAAAGCAGAUUCGAGAGCAGCUUGAUCAGUCGGUGUUAAGAGGAAAUACUUCACACUGAAGUGUCUGGGAAAUAGAAAUAACAUCCAACAAUGGUAACUCAAAGAGGAAAUUCAUUGCUCGGAUGGCUCUGCCACCCCCGGAUCCGCAGUUUGUUCUCAGAGGUACCGGUGCUGCCAUCCACACGCUGCAUUUUUCCUGUGGCAGCCAAGAACCUGCUGUCCCCGUUCUUUUCUCUGGGUCUGAGAAUGGCUUUAUCCAUGUCUGGAACCUGAAAACACACAGAGUGGACACAGCACUGGAUGGCCAUGGAAGAAAAUCUGUGUACUGCGUGGAGACAAUGGGUGGUAAAGACCAGCUCCUCAGCCAGGGUCGUGACCAGAGGAUCUGCUUGUGGGAUUUAGCAGAGGGACGGACUGCAGUGACGGAUUCUGUCUGCACGGAGAAUGUGGGAUUCUGCAGAUGCUCUCUGUUAAAGGUGGCACAGGGACGCUGGCUAAUGGCCAUGGCAGCCAAAGCCCUGGAGGAGGUUCAGGUUUUAGAGCUGCCAUCCAAGACGUCAGUCUGUACCUUGAAGCCAGAGGUGGGUGCCAAGCUGGGCAUGCCCAUGUGUCUGAAGUUAUGGCAGCCCAGCUGUGGUUCACAACCUUUGCUUCUGGCUGGCUAUGAAGAUGGAUCAGUGGUCCUUUGGAAUAUGUCAAUGGGAAAAGCGUUGAGCCAACUUGUUUGCCAUCAGGAGCCAGUGAUGAGCCUUGACUUUGACUCGGAGAAGGCCAAGGGGAUCUCGGGCUCAUCUGAAAAGGUGCUUAGCAUCUGGAGCCUCAAUGAGCAACAGAACCUCCAGGUUUACAAAACACACAAACUUGUCAACGCUGGCAUAUGCGAUAUCACCAUCCGUCCAGACAAGAAGAUUUUAGCAACAGGAGGGUGGGAUCAUCGCAUCAGGAUCUUUGGCUGGAAAAACCUGAAGCCCUUAGCAGUGCUGGACUACCACACUGCGAGUGUCCAUGCUGUGUCCUUCUCAGAUCACAAAAUCCCCAGCGAGAGACUGCUGGCAGCUGGCUCAAAAGAUCACCGCAUCAGUAUUUGGUCAAUAUAUACUCAGACGUGACAUGUUCUGCACUGUCAUGGACUAGGGAGACAGGAUUGGUGAAGCAAUUCUUUACACUGUAAUUCAAACCUGGAUGUGGGAAAGUAGUAGAAUGUAUUUCCAGGCUGAAGUGAGAGUUCUAGGUUAAUUCUUAAGCGUCUUGUUCAAGCUGCAAGUUUUGUUUUCCAGAGAGGGAAGUGGAUUUUUAAAAUUCGUAACAAGCAGAGCACAGCCAGUCACAAACGAACACAUAGAACAAGUCUGAGUUCUGCUACAGGUUUUGCAACAGAUUUUCUUUGGCAGGUUACAUAAAUAACUUGUGCCAAUAUCUUCUUUGGCGAAAAAGGACUGGAAUCCCUCAGACUGUGGUGGGGGCAGAAUACAUCUGUUUGUAAGUCAUUUCUGUAUCCAAGAAGCUGAAUCAGUGUAAAUCAUCACUCUUCCUUGAAAAUUUAUACCCAUUAAACCACCUCCAGUGGUUUCUCAUUGUCAGUUACUUUUUCUUCCCCAUAACUGAAAGGCUAUCAGACCAACCUUGAUUUGUUCACACUGCUGUCAGUUUCUAACUUAAACCAACAGCCAGGAAUGUGACUAGGGACGGCCUUUGGCAUUUAUGAAUUUCAUUAUGUCUCCUGUCACCUCAAGCCUCACAAUUAAUCACAAGAAAGGGGAAAAAAUCUUCCCCUGCGUUGCACUGCAAAGCUAUGUAAAGCCUUUUACAGAGCCAGUGCUAAAUCCUUUCCAUAGACUGACUAGCUGAAGGAUUUAAACUCAGCAAUCCAAUUAGCGCCCUUCUCCUUGGAGAGUUAGGGGUAAGUUUCAGCAUGGCAAGUCUGGGAUUCAGCCACAGAACUCCCAUUAACAUUUAGGGGAAUUGCAUGGAUAAAUCCUGAUCCACACAGUGCGAACGGCUCCAUUAACUUGUCAUCUCUACAGUCAUGGACGCGGGAAUUCAUUCAUGAAGGGUUUGUUUGUUUGAAUCAUGAAGCAGCAUUUGCAUUCUUUUAAAGCCUGUUAGACAUACACCAGUCUGUUCGUAGACAUCUUCCUGUUGUGUUCAGACACAGAGUUGCAGUUACAACUGUCCCACUGAAGCAAUUAGCAAGGGACAGUUUGAUAAAAAGGAGGUGGCCUGGAAACCAGGACUCAGCUUUACAAACUGAAGUGUUCUGUGUCCAGGCUGUGCACUGUUGAUACUUUAUUGGAAAUAUUUGUUUCUGCCUCUGUACAGAGCUGGACAUCAAAGAAAAAGUCAUUAGAAUUGUAGUGAACAGCAACAUCAAAAGACUUUAGAAAUUAUUUCAGGGAAAACACACAAGCAAAUUAAGGUCUGGAUCUGCUAUCCAGCUGUGCUUUCCAGGCAGAGAAUACUGUUGGACUAAAAGUCUGAAGCACCAAGGCCGAUAUUCUUUCCAUUAAAACACAGAAACAGGAUGCUGCUGCUACCAGGCUUUUCUCAAGAAAACUUAAAACUUGGUCUUACACAUUUUGGAGUGUGAUGACACCUUAAAUAAUGCGUAUCUUUGAUUGUUUCUUUACUAUUCAGUAGCUGCAUGGGGGAUCACAAUGCAGUUGAAAGUCAAAGCCUAAUUUUGAGUGAUCCUGAGUGAAGGGGGGGUGCUGGUGUUCGUUACAUCGACCAGACAGAGUUGUGUAGAUGGUAAGUGCUCCAUCUCCACCCAUCAUCCACCUCCCAUGCAGAGGAGGAGCUUCUGACACCGUACAGCAGCCCUACAGAAUGAGACAGGGUCUUUCUCCACAAACCUGCUGCUGGAAGAAACCUUUUCUUUUUUUCCCUUUCUUAAAGUAGGUCAGAAUUGACAUAGAUAAACAAACAAAUAAACAUGGAAAACAUUGUCAUGUGUGGCCCAGGAACCCGUUAUAGGGAGUUUGCAGAGAUUUCCUUCUGGCUGUCCUGUCUCGUACUGCACCACACACGAAGCCUGUCAGGCGUCUCCCAUUGGAGUGGUGCUCAGCACACCCCAUGUUCCGAGUGCCAGUCAUGAGCACCUCAUGCUCCGGGGCCACUGGGCAGCUCCAGGGCAUUGGCACUGGGUUCUGCUCCUGGCAGGGCUGGCUGAUGGGCUGGCUCACGGCUCCCCGCACGCAGCGCGUCCCUCCUGUGUCUGAGUCCACAGGUCCCAAAGCAGUACACAAAAUGCAUCUUUAAUGAAGGCCUCGGCAUCUUACAGACACUGUAAGAAAUAACUUUUGAUGCAAAUGCUGUGAUAUUGGCACAGUGGCAGCCACCUAGGAAGAAUAGAUUAAUUCCCUAUGUCUUAAUAGGAGUGCUAUUAGAUCAGAGCCUGAACGUUAGGAACUCUUGAGUAUAUUCUUUUCUCUGAAAAAUGCCAUUUACUGUCAAUGUUGGUGUCUGAAGUAAUUAUGGAGAGUCUCAAGGGAUGUUUAGAUUUACUAACAGGUCUUUUGGAAGAUACUCUAAAGAUUACUAUGUGCCUUCACAUCAAACUUAACUCCCUUUACUGGGGGUUAAAUAGUUAUGUUUGUCUGACUAGGUAGAUUUAAAAAUAAACUCAGUCAUGCAAACACAAACUGAAAAUGAGAGCAUGAACUGCAUCUGUAAUCUUACUAGCAGCCACACAUAGGGGGUAAAGAGUUUCCUCAGCUUCAAGAGGAAGGACACGUUGCAGAUCUGCUUGCAAGAACAGACCCAUCCUGUACUUCCUUACUUCCCACUACCAAAGCACUAUCCAUGUGAUACUUUUGCACAUUACAACAAUUAAUUAACACUUUACAUCACUACUGAUUUUAUUUAAACACUCAGUAAAGGGAUUAUUUUUUUCCACAUUAUAGUUUCCUUGAAAUAAGCAACGAGGCUACCCUAGUUUGACUUAAGAGUUGAGCCUAAAUGACAUAGUUUGAAUAUGAAUUACAGUCUUCUAAAAGUUUAUUUGCUUAAGGAACUGACCUGGAUUUUCCCAAAGUAGAAUGAUUUCCAACAGGAAAGACAGUCUAUAUUGCUAGAGACUGGAAAUACAGUUGUCUGAUGGCAUCUAGGAAAUUAACAAAUUUUUUUUCUGAAAAAAAAUGUAAAGCUUUUUACAAUUGUACCACGAGCAUGGUUAUCACUCCAGAUUUCAGCUGACUUGCUAGCAAGGAGCCACCUUAAGCCGCUGGAGUAGGCUCUGGAAUCUCACCUGCCAGAAAGGAACAGGGCUAGCCUGUACCUGGCCUAAAGGAUUCGAGUGAAGGUGAUGACAGCUGAAUUAUUACAAAAGGCUUCCUCCCAAGAAUCAUCAUCUUUGGCACUUUGGCAGGGAAGAAAGGAAGCAGCAUUCGUAAACUGAUAGAAAUAGAUCCUAAACACUAGCAUUUGUGCAGCAAUUACAUGGAAUAUUUAUCACCACUGGAAUGAAUGGUGAUCUCUGACCCUCUAAUGUUUUUUGCAAAUGAAUCCAUUAGUUCCAACCCCUUUCUCUUAUCAGUACAUGAGCCAUAAAGCAUUGCAGGUGUAGAUGAGCAAGGAAAGAGGAGAUUAAUUGUAUUUGUAGUAAUAAGUGGAAAAGGAAGUAGGCUGAGGGCCUGCAAUGAGGCAGUUGUUAAAUUUAGUCCCAUACAAUGCAAUUGCAUUAGUAAGCAAAUAAAUUACUCUCUGCAGCUUGACUUGGAUUGUUGCAAAGAUUUCAGUUUUAAAGAGCAGAUUUUUAUAGUUCAGUCAAUACUGGCUUCUGGACUGCUUUGGGUUUUAGCACAUUUAAGAUGCAUCUACAAAGCCAACUUACAAAUUAAUAAAUCUUUCCUUUAAUUCAGUCUGCCAAGAGCAAAGAUAGAACACUGACUACUGCAGGAGCCAUGUUAGUGAUGUAAACCAAAGGACUGGGGAUUAAACAAGGAUUACUGAGCGCUAAAUCAAUGUGUUUCCUUUUCUGGCUGUGUGUCUAUGGUGUGAAAGUAUGGAUCAUUACAUAAAACAUGGCACAUGACUGCCUGGAUUAAUACUAGGCAAUGUCACAGCAGUGCUGAGACACAAAGUUUGAUGUUUAAGCAUGACCAGAGCGCUACCAAGAAAGUGACAGCAAUGACUAAGGAAAAAGGCAUGUUUUUCUGAUGUUUGUAGUACUUUGCAGUUUCAGCCUGGAUCCCCCUACUAGGGUAAUUUUUCCAAGUAAACCUGGCUGUGUUUAAUCCAUGCCCUACUCUUAUGGGGCAUGCUGGAGUUGUUUUUUUGUUGUUUUUUUUUUUUUUUUAAUAAUGUGAAGAAAACUAUCCAGAAUUAAGAUCCUACUAGUUUUUUGGCAAUUCAUUUAAGGAUCUCGCAGUAUGAAAUUAAAUGCAAAAAACCCUCAUGUCUACACUAUCAGACACAGCAGAUAGAAAAGUAACUUUUAAAAUAGACUUAAAUUGAAGCAUGCCAGGUGUGAAACUUGCCAACAACAUCAAAGUAAGCAUGGAGCAAGUAGCCAUAUUCUGGAUACCAAAUUUUUUGUCCCCUGACUUUACCACAUUCUCUCAUCCCUUUUCAAAGAAUCAUACUAUCACAGAAUGGUUUGGGUUGAAGGGACCUUAAAGACCAUUUUGUUCCACCCCCUGCCCUGGGCAGGGACACCUCCCACCAGCCCAGGUUGCUUCAAGCCGCAUCCAGCCUGGCCUUGAACCCCUCCAGGGAUGGGGCAGCCACAGCUUCUCUGGGCAACCUGGGCCAGGGGCUCACUGCCCUCACAGUGAAUAAUUUCUUCCUAAAUCUCCUCUCUUUCAGUUUAAAACCAUUCCCCCUCAUCCUAUCGCUCCAUUCCCUGAUAAAGAGUCCCUCCCCAGCUUUCUAUAGCCCCUUUUGGUCAAGACAAGACCAGCAGCCAGAGUUUGGGCUGGUUAGUCACACAGCUGUUCUCCUGUAAGGUUUUAUUUACCACCACCCCUUAUUAAACACUACGAAAUAACAGGUCGUUUGGUUGAGCCAUUUGCUCCCCUAUGCAUUUGUAAUGCUAUCAUUAUCUGCAUUUACUCAGUCUAUUAAGAAUUUUGUUCGAGUAGUAAUGCUCCCCCAAAUACAUUUAGUAGUGAUACACACCCCCAAAUAACACUUAAUGCUCAUGUCUGAGUAGGUAAAUUUUGUUUUAGCUAUUAGUAGUUUAUUCCCCUUCAAUACAAUCCAUCACAAAAAAACUUUGACACUACAUAGUUGGGACCAUAGCAACGUAAUCUCUCAGUUGUGAAUGUUUUGCUCAUUUGAUUAAUGAUAUGAAAUGUAUCCGUAUGUUCUAUCAGCAUUACUGUGUACUGCUUUAUUCUGACUUACCUCAGAGGAAUCUGGUGGACAGUUUGGUAUUAUAAGAGGAGCGGAAAGCGGGGUGAGGAGGAAAUCAAAACAAAGAAGCAACUUGCCCUUGUACAUUAAGUGAUAUAAAGAUUCUGGAAAGCACAAAGGGUCUUGAAGAAAACCACCUCCAGCAAGUGCCAGAUUCCUUAUGGGAAAAGGACAAGGAUGGCAGGGAGGAAAAGUACCUAGAGCAAGCAUACAGUAAUAGGUCUGUCUUUUUAAAUUUGUACAUCAGCUCAUUUAGUUCCAGAAGUAUUUGCUUUUACCUCCCCACCAUGCUUUUUUAAAGGUGUUGGAACACUAGGAAACCCUGUAAACCACAGGCUACACCUCUAAAGAAGCCUGUGCUCACCCAGAGGAGCAUGUAUUUAUUUCUCUACUAUGAACAGUCAUAAUGCCAGAUGUUACAGUGCCACUGGAGAUAGCAGCAGGAGGGACUGAGGUCUUGGAGCAGCCACAUGCACUGCAGAAGAACCAUCCCAGAGCAGUACUGACUAACUCCUUAGAGAAGAGUGACAUGGCAGUGAAAAAAAUUGUAAUUCUAACAAUUGCCUAUUACAAUUUGAAGUUAUAAUUAAAAAACCCCAACACUGUUACAUUAGAUAUAGAUUACAGCUGGAUGCUGUUUCCUCCUGGUUUUUAUUCACAGUAUAUGUAUAUUAGGGCAGUAAAAUACUACAGAAACCCUUUGGCACUUUCUGGACAGCAAUGAUCUCUCUUUCCUACCAGCUGCAGGGCUGAUUGAUCCUGAUUAUGUCCAGCUCAGGGAAUCUAGGCAAGAUGUUAAAAUGCUGAGCCAUUAUUCUGCUCCGCAGCUCUGGCAUCUCAUGCAUGCAAAGGUACCUUUUCCAGACACCCAUGGCACUGCUUGCUAUAAACAUGCUCUGACACAGGUAGGAAGAAGGUUGGUGCAUUGGGCCCACAUAAUAACUUUAAACAUGGCAUUUGUCUCCGUGGUAAUUAAAAAAAUUGCUUAUGUGAAAUCUCAGUGAUUCACUGUCUGUGUUCACAGAAAAGCAUCUAGGCUUUACUUACGGUAAGAAUUGUCUUUUCAGAUUUUUUUGCCUUAGAUAUUUUGAUGGCAUGCAGACUUGGCAUCAACGCUAAAUAGAGACAUUGAGUCUUUAUAGUUUUAUCUUUUGAGCCCAUCUGGUUUGAAGCAGUUGACAACAAGCAGGAAAGGGAAUAGAAUGAAAGACUCACUUCAUGUUUGCUGAAAUAAAAGAAAUGUGUAAGGCACCGCUCAAAUAAGAUCAGCCUGGGAGGAGGGCCGCUGCACUCCCCUCUCCCCACCCCUCCUCUACCCUUUUCUGAUGGCUGGGAUGGGAAGGCUUCACCUGCAGCCCCCCCACCGCCCGUGCUGUUGGAGCCCACGCCCAGCCCAAAGGCAGCAGGAGCUGGUGGGCUGGCGCAUGGAGGGAGAAGGGGAGCUGCCUGCCCCCCAGAACGAGGGACAGCGGGAGCUCUAGGCACCGGGGAUAGUUACCAGAACUAGCUCCAGUGAGAGCAGGAAAACAUGCCCUUUCCUUCUCCAGCUACCAAUGACCACUAAGAGCUGCUCAUACAAGAACUACAAAAUUCUGCAACUGGAACUGGGGCUAGAAACACAGCACAGACAUAAAAGGGCACUUGCUUGCUGAGUGAGGCCCACGGUAUGACGUGUUCGUCCCCUUGGGGAGGUGACGAGAGGCUAUCCUUAUGCACUCUGGGAGCGUAAGAUGGAAGUUGCUAUACAAGUUUGCACGAUUUUACACCAUGCAGCAGCUAGCCUUGAAAGUGCGUAUGCAUUUCCCCUUAUGCUGCUCUGUCUCCUUAUAGAAUUAGGUCCUAAAUGUGACUUUUAUGGCUUUUGUUCUUAAUCACUUUCUUACUAGUUCAAAUUUACAAUUUUAACCUAAAUAGAAGUGAGUGAUUUAUUGUAAUUAUUUUGUAUCGGCUGCUCUUCAUAAACUUUUUUUUUUUUAAAUCUGGAAAAACAUUUAAUUUCCCAUAUGGAAAGAACGCAUUUAUCAUACUUUACUCAGAUAUACUUGGCUGACUAUUGCACAUAUAUGCAAAACAUAUGUGACAUAUUCAAGGCUGAAUUUCAUAAA